AACCCUGGGCAGCAGAGCCACUGCCAGGGGACUUGGGGGGACCUGCUGCACCUCCUGCCAUCGCUGGGGUUUCUGUUUUAUUUCCCUGGAGGGGAAAGGGGGGGGGAACCCCAAGCCACCAUGGUCUCCCCAUGUCCUCUGUUCCCCUCUUCCCUCUUCCCCCUCCUUUCAUCCCAGUAGGAAUCAGCUUUUUCUUCCUCUGCCCGGAGCUUUGUCCUCCUCAGACUCACACAAGACUCCAGGCAGGAGGCCAGGAUGGAUUACAGCUCGCUCUGCGGGGUCCCGCGCUUCCUGACCCGGCCCAAGGCGUUUAUGGUGUCCGUAGGGAAGGAUGCCACCCUGAGCUGCCAGAUCGUCGGGAACCCCAUCCCAGUGGUGAGCUGGGAAAAGGAUAAACUUCCAGUGCAGUCUGGGGGAAGGUUUAAAACCACAGAGGAUGGGGAUUUGUAUCGGCUCACCAUCUACGACCUGAGCCUGGAGGACAGUGGCCAGUACAUCUGCCGGGCCAAGAACACCAUCGGGGAGGCUUUUGCUGCUGUCAGCAUCCAAGUGGGACAGGAGACCACAGUCACAGAGUCAGCUCCUUACUUCAUCCAGAAACCUUCCAACAUCAAAGUCACCUUGGGAGAAGAUGCCAUGUUCAAAUGCAAAGUGCAGGGCAGCCCUCCCCUCUCGGUGAACUGGGAGAAGGACGGGAGGUACCUGAGGAACAAGGCGGAUGCUGGGCGCUUCCAGAUCGAGUCUGCUGGGGAAUCCAACGCUCUCACCAUCCAGUGUGCCCAGCUGGGGGACAGUGGCACCUACACCUGCCGGGCAGAGAACCUCAUCGGCUCCGCCAGCGCCUCGGCCGCGCUGGUGGUGGAGAGGCACGGCUCCUCCAACCCGGGCAGCAGCAGCUUGGACAGCAGCUGUGGCAAGACAGCCUCCUUGCUGUCCCACCUGCAGAAGAGACGGGAGGAGAUCAGGAAGACGGACACCUCCCACGGGACUCUCGACUCAACCUCUGCCCACCACUCUGCGGUGGAGGGGCUGUCCAGCAUCGGCUACAGCCUGUCCAGGGACUACGAGCGGGCGGCAGGGCUGGCCAAGGGCGGCCGCAACGCCACCUUCGGCGCUCUGACCCGCACCUGCAGCGUCACCGAGGGCAAGCACGCCAAGCUGAGCUGCUACGUGACCGGCGAGCCCAAGCCCGUCAUCGUGUGGAAGAAGGACAACGAGGUCAUCGUGGAAGGCCGGCGCCACGUCAUCUAUGAGGAUGACCAGGAGAACUUUGUGCUGAAGAUCCUCUUCUGCAAGCAGACGGACAACGGGCUGUACACCUGCACGGCCUCCAACCUGGCGGGGCAGACGUACAGCUCCGUGCUCGUCACUGUCAAAGAACCCACCAUACCCUUCAAGGCAAAGCUGAAGGACCUUGAAGUGAGGGAGAAGGAAUCUGCCACCUUCCAGUGUGAGGUGCCCGUUGCUGGGACAGAGACAGCUUGGUUCAAGGAGGAGACCAAGCUGCAGCAGAGCAAGAAGUACAACAUCGAGGAGGAGGGCACGUACCGCCGGCUGACCGUGCAGAACGUCACCACGGACGACGACGCUGUCUACAUCUGUGAGAUGAAGGAAGGGAGCAGGACCAUUGCAGAGCUCUCUGUCCAAGGGAACAUCAUUAAAAAACUGCCACGGAAAACUGCCGUGUUCAUCAAGGACACAGCCACCUUCUGCGUGGAGCUGGACAACGACUGCCAGAGCGUCCGGUGGCUGAAGAACAAAGAGGAGGUGACACCCAGCGACAGAAUCUCCAUCACACGCUCUGGCAAGCAGCACACCAUGACCAUCAGGGAGUGCAGGGUGGAAGAUGCUGGAGAGAUUGCCUUCCAGGCUGAUGAAAGCAGGACUUCUACCCAGUUCACUGUGACCACUCCCAAAAAACCUCCCACCCAACCCCCAGCUGACCCUGUGGUGAAAAAUAAAACAGAAACCUCAGUGACACUGGCCUGGUCCCCUCCCAGGAUGGACAGGCCCAUUCCAGUUGACGGAUACAUCGUGGAGCGCAAGAAACUCACCGGCUUCACCUGGGUGAGGUGCCACGAGUCCCACGUGCCCAGCCCCGAGCUCACGGUCACCAACCUGCCAGAAGAGGCUGACUACCAGUUCAGGGUGUCUGCAGUCAACACCUACGGGCAGAGCCCCUACCUGGAGUUCCCUGGGAGCUUGCACCUCGAGCCCGUCCUGGCUGUGAAAAGCCCCCUGACAACAGCUGAAGUUGCACCUGGAGGGGAUGCCCUGUUCACUGUGGAUCUGACCAAGACAUGUUCUGGCACUUGGUACCUGAAUGGCAAAGUCCUACAGGAAAGUGAGACCUACAUCAUUAACAGAACCCAGACCACUCACACCCUGCUCAUAAAAAAUGUCACCAAGAAAGAUGAUGGGGCAGAAGUGAAAUUUGUUGCCAAUGAUGUUGAGACCAGCACCAAGAUGAGAGUGAGAGGAGCUGCAGUAAGAUUCACCAACAAGAGCAAAGACGUAGAAAAAGUCUCAGCUCGGCUGCAAGAAGAAGCCAAACUCCAGGCUGAGCUUUCAGACACAGAGGCCGCUGUGAGGUGGCUGAAGGAUGGGAAGGAGCUCAAGGCCAGUGAGAAAUACGAGCUCCAAACCGUGGGGAAGAGGCGCGUGCUGAAAAUCCGCCGCGCUGCCGAGGAGGACGCUGGAGUCUAUGAGUGUGUCUGUGAAGGGGAUAAAAUGCUUUACCAGCUCUCAGUGAGAGCACUUGCAAACUUCAUAAACAAAGAGAAAACUGGAGGAGUUGUCAAGGCCAUUGCUGGGAAACAGGCUGAGUUUGUGUCUGAGACCUCUGAGGCCAACAUCAUGGUGAAGUGGUACAAAGAUGGGAAGGAAAUCACAGCCAGCAAGAAAUUCACUGUGGAAGACAAAGGGAAACUGCACAAGCUUGUGGCUUCAGCUGUGACAAAAGAAGAUGAAGGAACUUACACCUGCAAAAUUGGGGAUGACACCCUUACUUUUGAUUUAAAAGUCUCAGAUGAAGCUGUUACUUUUGUCAACAAGCCCAAAACGCCUCCAGAAGUUUCAGUCAGCCCUUCAGAAAGCCUGGAGCUGGUGUGUGAGGUGUCAGCUGCAGGUGGGGCCGUGGUGUGGAGGAAGGGUGAGGCUGAGCUGAAGCAGGACCAGAGGACAACCAUGGUCAGCCAGGGGACACAACGCAGGCUCAUCGUCAGGAGGGUGACACAGCAAGACCAAGGCAGCUACACCUGUGAGACAAAGGACGACAGAACAACAUUCCAAGUCAAAGUCAGAGAGCCAGAGGUUGUGUUUACAAACAAGGAGAAGGUGCAGAAAGAGGUGAAGGCUGCACUAUCAGAAAAUGCCACGCUGAGCUGUGAGGUGGCCCAGGAGAAAACAGAGGUGAAGUGGUACAAGGAUGGGAAACUCAUCACCUCCAGCAAGAAAUUCAAGGUGGAGUCGGAGGGCAAAUCGCGUCGUCUGGUGGUGGGACAGGUGGAGAAGAAAGAUGCAGGGGAGUACAGCUGUGAGGCUGCUGGCCAAAAACUCACCUUCAGGAUCCAUGUCACAGAAGCAGAGGAUGCAUUUAUUAACAAGGACAAAGUGCAGAAAGAGGUGAAGGCUGCACUAUCAGAAAAUGCCACACUGAGCUGCGAGGUGGCCCAGGAGAAAACAGAGGUGAAGUGGUACAAGGAUGGGAAACUCAUCACCUCCAGCAAGAAAUUCAAGGUGGAGUCGGAGGGCAAAUCGCGUCGUCUGGUGGUGGGACAGGUGGAGAAGAAAGAUGCAGGGGAGUACAGCUGUGAGGCUGCUGGCCAAAAACUCACCUUCAGGAUCCAUGUCACAGAAGCAGAAGAUGCCUUUGUCCACAAGGAGAAGGUGCAGAAAGAGGUGAAGGCUGCACUAUCAGAAAAUGCCACGCUGAGCUGCGAGGUGGCCCAGGAGAAAACAGAGGUGAAGUGGUACAAGGAUGGGAAACUCAUCACCUCCAGCAAGAAAUUCAAGGUGGAGUCGGAGGGCAAAUCGCGUCGUCUGGUGGUGGGACAGGUGGAGAAGAAAGAUGCAGGGGAGUACAGCUGUGAGGCUGCUGGCCAAAAGCUCACCUUCAGGAUCCAUGUCACAGAGCCAGAAGUUGUGUUUACAAACAAGGAGAAGGUGCAGAAAGAGGUGAAGGCUGCACUAUCAGAAAAUGCCACGCUGAGCUGCGAGGUGGCCCAGGAGAAAACAGAGGUGAAGUGGUACAAGGAUGGGAAACUCAUCACCUCCAGCAAGAAAUUCAAGGUGGAGUCGGAGGGCAAAUCGCGUCGUCUGGUGGUGGGACAGGUGGAGAAGAAAGAUGCAGGGGAGUACAGCUGUGAGGCUGCUGGCCAAAAACUCACCUUCAGGAUUGAUGUCACAGAGCCCAAACCUGCAUUUAUAAACCAAGAAAAGGUCCAGAAGGAGGUGAAGGCUGUCCUGACAGAAAGUGCCACCCUCAUGUGUGAGGUGGCACAGGAUACAACAGAAGUGAAGUGGUACAAGGAUGGGAAACUGCUCAUUUCCUCUCGGAAAUUCAAAAUAGAGACCGUGGGCAAAUCCCGGCGCCUGGUGGUGGAGCAGCUGGAGAAGAAGGAUGCUGGGGAAUACAUCUGUGAGGCUGCAGGCCAGAGGCUGACCUUCAAACUGGAGCCAACUGAACCAGAGGCUAAAUUUGAAAAUAAAGUUGUCCAGAAAGAGCCUCUUGUUGUUCAAGAACACGAAAACAUCACGCUGACAACCUCAGUCACUCCUGAAACCGCUGCAGUGAGGUGGUUCAAGGAUGGCACAGAAAUCAAGGCGAGCAAGAAAUGUGUGAUCAAGAGCGAGGGGGCAUCCAGGACACUGACAGUGACUGCAGCUGAGAGCACAGACUCUGCCCUCUACACCUGCCAGACAAAGCAUGACAAGCAGGAAUUCAGGGUGCAGGUGAAAGAAAUCCCGGUGAAGUUUGCCAAGAAGCUGGAGGCCGUGAAAGCCGAGAUUGGUGGCAGCGUGUCCCUGAGCUGUGAGCUGAGCCACGCCAAGGGGAAGGUGACCUGGAGCAGGAAUGGGGUGGAGAUCAAGCCCAGCAAGCGUUUCCAGAUCCGUGAGGAGGGGAUCAAACGAACCCUGACCAUAACAGGGAUCCGGGCUGAGGAUGAGGGAGAAUAUUCCUGCCAGUCCAGGGAUGACAAGAGCAGUGUCACCAUCACCCCCAAACCUCCCAGAGUGGUGAAAUUCGUCACAAGCCUCAACAGCGUGGUGUCUGAGGAGGGAAAAGAGGCCGUGUUCAAGUGCACCGUCUCCCCCAGUGAUGCUGUGGUCACCUGGCUCAGGAACGGUGCCAAGAUUGAAGCCAGCAAGAAAUAUGUGAUCUCUCAGAAGGACAGCAACCACAGCCUCACCAUCACUGACCUGACACUGGAAGAUGCUGCUGAAAUCACGGCCAGUGCUGAGGGCGUGGAAAGCACAGCCAACCUCAGAGUCAGAGAGGCCUCAAUCUCCUUCAAGAAGAAGCUGGAGCCCAAAACAGUUGAAGAGAGGGAGACAGUGACCCUGGAGGUAGAGCUGACCAAGCCUGCAGAGGUGAAGUGGAUGAGGAACAGCAUUGUGCUGAAGCCCAGUGACAAAAUCGAGAUCAAAGCUGAGGGAACAAAGCACACCUUGGUGGUCAAGGACAUCUCCUUCGCAGAGCGGGGCUUCUACUGCUGCGAGAGCCCCGACGACAAGACCCAAGCCAAGAUCAAUGUGGAAAUGAGGCAGAUCAAGUUGGUGAAAGGCCUUCAGCCCCUGCAGGUGGCUGAGAAGGGGACUGUCACCUUCGAGGUGGAGGUGUCACACGAGGACGUGGAGGGCACCUGGCAGAAGGAUGGUGUUCGUCUGAAACCUGCACCCAACGUCAGCUUCGGUGUCCUGGGCAAGAAACACUCCCUGACUCUCUCCUCGGUGGCUCUGGAAGAUGCAGGACUCAUCUCCUUCAAAGCAGAGGGCAUUAACUCCUCAGGGAGGCUCACUGUGACAGAAUUGCCUGUGAGGAUCAGCAAACCUUUGGCAGACGUCAGUGUAACUCAGAAGCUCAAGGCCACGUUUGAGUGUGAGCUGUCCAAACCCAAUGCCAAUGUGAAGUGGUUCAAGGAUGGGAAGGAGAUCCGGCAAAGUAAAAAUAUUGGGAUUAUCUCCCAAGGAAAUAAGAGAAGCCUCAUUAUUCACAAGUGUGAAUAUGAAGACCAGGGAACUUAUACAUGUCAAGCAGCUGAAGACAAGACAUCAGCUACUCUAAAAGUUCAUGCCCGAGAUAUCAAGAUUGUAAAACCACUGGAAGAUGUGGAAGUGAACGAAUUCGAGAGUGCAGCUUUCACCUGUGAGAUCUCACACGAUGAGGUCGAGACCCAGUGGUACAAAAAUGACAACAAGCUGAAGACUUCCGACAACAUCAAAAUGCGCCAGGAUGGAAAGACCUAUUCCCUGACUUACACACGUGUCCACGUCGAGGAUGCGGCUGAGAUCAAAUUCGUAGCAGAAAAGGCAGAAUCUCGUGCUCAGCUGACUGUAAAAGAACUGCCCGUAAAAAUCGUGAAGCCUUUGCGGGACAAGAUCGCCCUGUGGAAGCACCGGGGGGUCCUGGAGUGCCAGGUGUCCCGGGCCAACGCCAAGGUCAGGUGGUUCAAAAAGGACCUGGAAAUUCAUCCUGGAGUGAAAUACGAGAUCGUGAGCGAGGGCGUCUAUCGCAAACUCAUCAUCAACGACGCCGACUACGAGGACGAGGACACGUACACGUGUGACGCCUUCGAUGACAAAACCAGUGCUAAUUUCUUCGUUGAAGAGCAAGCCAUUAAUAUUGUAAAAGAGUUGUGUGAUGAGGACGUGACUGAGCCUGAAGAAGCCAAUUUUGAAUGUGAGACAUCCAUUCCAUCUGUGAAACCUGCCAAGUGGUUCCUGAAGGGAGCAGCCUUGCAGGCUGGCAGAAACAUCAUCAUGCAGCAGGAAGGCACCAUCCACAGGCUGACAAUAAUAAAAACAAGUGUUGAUAUGACAGGCACCAUCCAGUUCUCCAUUGGCAAAUCCAAAUCCACGGCGAACCUGCUCGUCAGAGAUUACCACAUCCAGAUCACCAGGAAGCUGGAGGACAAGACCGUGAUGGAGCGACACUCGGUCAUCCUGUCCUGUGACUUCAGGCCCUCCCCAAAGCACGUCAAGUGGUUCAAGGGCCAAGAGCUCCUUGAGCCCUCGGAGAAGUACAGAAUCAAGCGGGAUCAGUACUCAGCAGAGCUCAAGAUCAUGAAGGUGAAGCCCGAGGAUGCCGGCGUGUACAAGUGCAGGGCGGGGAUCGCUGAGACCGAAGCCACGCUGAGCGUUGAAGCCCGCAAUGUGGAGGUGCUCAAGCACCUGCAGGACGUGGAGGUUGAGGAGGACGGCUCUGCUGUGUUCUCCUGCGAGCUGUCCCACGACGAUGAGGACGUGGAGUGGUUCCUCAACGGCACCCUCCUCUACACCAACAACUUCAACGACAUCAAGAGUGUUGGCAAGUGCUACACGCUGACCAUGAAGCAGGUGAAGCCUGAGGAUGCUGGCACGGUGACGAUGAAGUCAGACAAGGUGUCAGAGACCGUGCGGCUCAAGGUGAUAGAGAAACCUGCUGUCUUCAUGAAAUCCCUGGAUGACGUUUUUGGUGAGGAGCAAGGAGUGAUCAAACUGGAAUGUGAAGUCUCCAAAGAGAAGGUCAAACCUGUCUGGAAAAAGGAUGGUGUGAAGAUCACUUCCAGCAAGAAGUAUGAGGAAAUACAGUCUGGGAAGACCCUGUGCCUCCUUAUCCACGACCUUGAAAAGACAGAUGCAGGGUUAUACACCUGUGACAUCGGCACUGACGUUGCCAAAUCAAAGGUCAGCGUCCAGGAACUGAACAUUGGCAUCACCAAACGGCUCAAGAGCACUGAAAUCCAGGAGGGAGAAGAUUGCACUUUUGAGUGCAUUUUGUCCCAUGAAAGCAUUGAUGACUUCAACUGGACACUGAACGGGAGGAAAGUGGAAAGUGGGGGAAGAUUUAAAGCCUCCAACGCGGGUCGGAAAUACACACUGAGCAUCAAAAAUGUGAUUCCUGAUGACACUGGGGAGGUCAUCUUCACUGCCCGUGGUCUCACCUCCAAGGCUUCCCUGGUUGUGAAAGAAAAACCUACUGAGGUUACAAAACAGCUGGAGAAUAAGACAUCACCAGCAGGGCAGGACAUCAGCCUGAGCUGUGAACUGUCCAAAGCUGAUGUGAACAUCAGGUGGUACAAGGAUGGCAAAGCAAUCCGGAAAAGCCAGAAAUACGACCUGCAGCAGGAGGGGACACGGGCCACUCUCAUCAUCCGUGACUCCACGGUCAAGGACAGUGGGGAAUACACCUGUGAGACUGAGACCUCCAAAACAACAGCCAGGAUCACAGUGCAAGAAAAGCCUAAUUAUUUUAUCAAGGAGCUCUCAGACCUGAAAGUCGAUGAAAGUGGAACUGCAGUUUUUGUGUGCCAGAGUGAGAGAGCUGCAUCCUCUGUGGUGUGGAGGAAAGGCAUUGCUGAGCUCAGGGCUGGCAGGAAAUACGAGAUCACACAGAAAGGACAAGUCCUCCAGCUGACCAUAAAGAACCUGGAGAAAAGUGACAGUGACACUUACAGCUGUGACAUUGGGGAUGCCCAGUCCAGAGCCAAGCUGACUGUGCAAGGCCAGAAAGUGCUAAUAACAGAAGACCUGGAGGAUGUCACUGUGUUAGAAGGAGAAUCUGCCAUGUUCAAGUGCAGAAUCUCUCCCGUAGACUGUAGCAGAGUGCAGUGGUUUUUGGAUAAAACCCCACUCCAUACCAAUGAACUUAAUGAGAUCCAGUCCCAGCCUGGUGGAUAUCACCUGCUAACGCUGAAAAAGCUCUCACUGAAGGACUCGGGGGUCAUUACAUUUGAAGCUGGUGAUAAGAAAACAUCUGCCAGUUUGGUUGUUAAAGAAACACCAGUUCUUUUCAAGCAAGAGCUCCAAAAUGAAGAAGCCAAAGAAGGGAAGCAGGUCAGGCUGACCUGUGAGCUCAGCAAGCCUGGUGCCCCAGUGAAGUGGAUGAAGGGAGACACUGUUCUCUAUGCCAGUGAGAAAUACGAAUUUAAGCAGCAGGGGACUGUGGCAGAGCUCAUAAUUCGAGAUGUGAAAUCUGUAGAUGCUGGGGAAUACACCUGCAGUGCUGGGGAGCUGAAAACCACUGCUCGGGUCAAAGUGAAUGCUGUGCCUGUCCUCUUCAAACAAGCCCUGGAGAACACGGAUGUGGAGGAAGGGAAAUCCGUCUCCUUGCGCUGCGAACUCACAAAAUCUGAGGCCACCGUGGUGUGGAAGAAGGGAGGAGCCACGCUCCAGGCAAGUGCCAAAUAUGAAAUGAAGCAGAAGGGGACAGUGGCAGAGCUGGUGAUUCAUAAUGCAGAGCCAGAAGAUGCGGGAAGAUACACCUGUGACACUGGAGACCAGCAGACCACAGCCCAAGUCAAAAUCCAUGCUGUGCCCGUGCUCUUCAAAGAAGAGCUGAAGCCCGUGGAGGCUGAGGAAGGUGGGACAGCCACCCUGCAGUGCCAGCUGGGCACAGAGGCCCCCGUGGAGUGGAGGAAGGGGCAAACUCUUCUCCGGGCGAGUCACAAGUACAAGAUGAGGCAGGAGGGCACCGUGGCUGAGCUGCUGAUCCACGACCUGGAGCCAAAGGAUGCUGGAGACUAUUCAUGCCUAGUGGGGAGCCAAAAAACCACAGCAGCCUUGUCAGUGAAUGCCCUGCCAGUCCGUUUCAAGCAAGAGCUGAGGAACGAGGAGGCCACGGAGAGCGGGACGGCGACGCUGCAGUGCGAGCUGAGCCGGCCGGGCGGCUCCGUGCGCUGGAGGAAGGACGGCCGGGAGCUGGUCCCCGCCGGGAAAUACCACAUGAGGCGGGAAGGGCGCUUCGUGGAGCUGGUCAUCCAGGAGCUGGAGCUGGCGGAUGCUGGGAGCUACACCUGCGUGUGUGGAGAGCAGGAGAGCACAGCUGCUCUGAGAGUCAAUGCCUUGCCUAUCCUCUUCCAAGAAGAAUUGAUGAACAAGGAAGCUACAGAGGGGGAGGCAGUCACAUUGCACUGUAAACUGAGCAAACCUGCCCCAGUUGAGUGGAAAAAGGGGAAUGUGGUGCUGAAGCCGAGUGAAAAGUACAAAGUAGAGCAGGAAGGUCCCUUUGUGGAGCUGACAAUCCGGGAUUUGGAUUUGGCAGACGCUGGGGAUUACAGCUGUGUGUGUGGAGACCGACAGACCACGGCUGCUCUGGCAGUAAAUGUCCUGCCUGCUCUUUUCACCAAGGGACUCACGGACAAAGAAGCCACCGAGAGUAAAAGUGUCUCCCUGCACUGUGAGCUGAACAAGGCUGCUGCUAACGUGGAGUGGAAGAAGGGGUUCAAGACCCUCAAGCCAAGUGACAAAUACAAAAUGAAGCGGGAAGGUGUCGUGGCUGAGCUCAUAAUCCAAAAUCUAGACAUGGCAGAUGCUGGGAAUUAUUCCUGUGUGUGUGGAGACCAGCAGACCAUGGCAGUUCUAACAGUUCAUGCUUUGCCUGCAUUUUUCAAGGAAGGGCUGAAGAACAGGGAAGCCACAGACGGCGGCUCGGCCGCUCUGCGCUGCGAGCUGAGCACGGUGGGCGUCCCGGUGGAGUGGAGAAAGGGGGACAAGGCACUGAAACCCAGUGAAAAGUACAGGAUGAGACAGGAAGAUACAGCUGCAGAGCUGCUGAUCCGAGAUCUGCAGGUGGAAGACACGGGAGAAUACAGCUGUGUGUGUGGAGAUCAGAAGACCUCGGCUGUGUUGACAGUCCACGCUCUGCCUGCACUGUUCAAAAGAGAUCUUGUCAAUGUGGAAGGCACAGAAAACAGGACGGCUGUUCUGCAGUGUGAGCUGAGCAAACCCGCCCUGGUGGAGUGGAGGAGGGGGCAGGAGGUGCUCAGACCUAGUGAAAAAUACAAAAUGAGGCUGAAGGACACCACUGCUGAGCUGACAAUCCACAGCCUGGAGGAAGGAGAUGCAGGAGAUUACAGCUGUGUGUGUGGAGACAAGACAACCACUGCUUCCCUGACAGUGCAUGCCCUCCCUCCUCACUUUAAGAAGGAGCUGAAGAACGUGGAAGGCACAGAAAAUGGCACGGCCACUUUCUGCUGCGAGCUGAGCAAGGCUGGAGCUGCCGUGGCGUGGAGGAAAGGACACAAAACGCUGGGGACAAGUGACAAGUUCACCAUGAGAUGCCAGGGCACGGUGGCUGAGCUGGUGAUCCAUGAUUUAGCCCUGGCAGAUGCUGGAGAUUACACGUGCUCUUGUGGGGAGCAGGAAACCACGGCUGCGCUCAAAGUGAAUGCCCUGCCUGUGCACUUCCAGAAGGAGCUGAGGGAUGAAGAAGCCACAGAAGGUGCAACAGCCACUCUGCAGUGUGAGCUGUCCAGGGCUGCCUGCGUGGAGUGGAGGAAGAAGCACAAGGUGCUCAAACCCAGUGAGAAAUACACCAUGAGGCAGGAGGGCAGCAGGGCCCAGCUGCUGAUCCAUGCUCUGGAGGUCAGGGAUGCUGGGGAAUACAGCUGUGUGUGUGGAGAGCAGAGGACAACGGCAGCACUGACAGUGCACGCCCUUCCUGCUCUGUUCAAAGAAGAGUUAAGGGACGAGGAGGCCGAGGAGGGUGAAGCAGUCACUCUGCACUGUGAGCUGACCAAGCCUGCCCCAGUGGAGUGGAAAAAGGGACAGACAACCCUCAAACCUAGUGAGAAGUACAGAAUGAGGCAGAAGGAUGUCACUGCAGAGCUGGUGAUCCACAGCCUGAGCGAGGGGGAUGCUGGGGAUUACACCUGUGUGUGUGGGGAGCAGCAGUGCACAGCGUCCUUGGCAGUGCAUGUGCUGCCUGCAGGCAUCCAGGAGAGCCUGAGGGACGAGGAGGUGACCGAGGGUCAAGCGGCCACUCUGAGCUGUGAGCUGACCAAAGCUGCCCCCGUGGAGUGGAGGAAGGGCAGCACCUUGCUCAAAGCCAGUGACAAGUACAAAAUGAGGCAGGAGGGCUUGGUCAGGAAGCUGCUUAUCCAGGAUGUGGAACUGAAAGAUGCUGGGGAGUACACGUGUGUGUGUGGAGAGCAGGAGACUACAGCAGCUCUGAUAGUGCAUGCCCUGCCAGCCCUUUUCAAAGAAGACCUGAAGGACCUGCAAGGCACAGAAAGCCAAACAGCCACUCUGAGCUGUGAGCUGAGCAAGGCUGCAGCUGUGGCGUGGAAGAAAGGGAACAAAAUACUCAGGGCAGGUGACAAAUACAUCAUGAGGCAGGAGGGUGGCCUGGCAGAGCUGGAAAUCCGUGACCUAGAGCUGCAGGAUGCAGGAGAUUACACCUGUGUGUGUGGGGAGCAGCAGAGCACAGCCUCUCUGGCAGUCAAGGCCCUGCCAGUGCUUUUCAAGGAAGAGCUGAAGGAUGAAGAAGCCCAAGAAGGAGCAUCAGUCACUCUGAGAUGUGAAUUAACCAAAGGAGCUCCUGUGCAGUGGAAAAUGGGGCCCAAAGUGCUCAAAGCAAGUGACAAAUAUCAAAUGAGACAGGCUGGCACCACUGCAGAGCUGGUCAUUCCUGAGCUAGAAGUAAAAGAUGCUGGAGAUUACACCUGUGUGUGUGGUGACCAGAAGACAACAGCAACCUUAACAGUUCAUGCUCUGCCACCAGUGUUUAAGGAAGAGCUGAAGGACAAGGAAGCAGAAGAAGGUGGAGAAGUCUCCCUGCUCUGUGAGCUCUCCAAGGCCGCCCCAGUGGAGUGGUGGAAGGACCAGAGCAUCCUCAAACCCAGUGGGAAAUACAGAAUGAGGCAGGAAGGGCUCAAGGCAGAGCUGGUGAUCCGUGAAGUAGCUGAGGAGGAUGCAGGAGACUACAGCUGUGUGUGUGGGGAGCAGCAGAGCACAGCUGUGCUGACAGUGCAGGCUGUGCCUCCGUUUUUCCAAGAAGAAAUGACCAGCCAGGAAGGCGUAGAAGGUGGAACAGCCACUUUGCACUGUGAGCUGAGCAAGGUCCCUGCCCGUGUGCAGUGGAGGAAGGGCCAGCACAUCCUCACCUCGGGCUCCAAGUACAGCAUGAGGCAGCAGGGACGUGCUGUGGAGCUGCUGGUGCAUGGCUUGGAGCUGAGUGACAGUGGGGAUUAUUCCUGUGUGUGUGGAGACAAGACCAGCACUGCUGCCUUAACAGUUCAUGUGCUGCCUGCAGAAUUCAAGAGAGAGCUGAAGGAUCUGGAAGCUGUGGAAAAUGGCACAGCUGCUCUGCAGUGUGAGCUGACAAAACCUGCUGAGGUGGAGUGGAAGAAAGGGCAGGAGGUGCUCAAAGAGAGCAGCAAAUAUGAAAUGAGUCAGGAAUGUGCUGUUGCAAAGCUGAUUAUCCAUGAGCUGGAGGAGGAGGAUGCUGGAGUUUACACCUGUGUGUGUGGAGAGCAGCAGACAACUGCCAAGCUGACUGUCAAUGCACUGCCCAUCACGUUUAAGCAACCUUUACAGAAUGAGGAAUUUGAGGAAGGAAGCACAGCCAGGUUCUGCUGUGAGCUGUCGAAACCCAGUGCUGCAGUGGAAUGGAGGAAAGGAGGAGUGGGGCUGCAGCCCAGCCAGAAAUAUGAAAUGAGGCAGAGGGGAUGCCUGGUAGAGCUCUUGAUACACAAUCUCAGAUUAGAAGACACAGGAGAAUACAGCUGUGACACGGGGGAUCAGGAAACCAGGGCAGCUCUCAGUGUGAAAGCUCUGCCAGUUCUUUUCCAAAAGCAGCUCGAGGAUGAGGAGGCAGAGGAAGGAGGCGCGGUGAGAUUCCGGUGCGAGCUGACCAAGGAAAACGCGCCCGUGGAGUGGAGGAAAGGCACCGUGGAGCUCUUCCCCUGUGCCAAAUAUGAAAUCAAAUUAAGUGGGCACACAGCUGAGCUUGUGAUCCACAAUGUAGAGCCAGAGGAUGCCUCUGAUUACACUUGUGACACGGGAGACCAGCAGAGCACUGCAGUCCUCAGAGUGAAUGCCAUCAAACCCCAGCUGAAGCAGCAGCUGAGGAAUGAGGAGGUGGAAGUGGGAGGAACAGCCAGGCUGCGCUGCGAGAUUUCCAUCAGCAAGGCAGAGGUGGAGUGGAGGAAGGAUGGAGUCCUCCUGCAGUCCAGCUCCAAGUAUGAAAUGUGGCAGGAUGGGACCCUCAGGGAGCUUCGUGUUCACCACCUGGAGCCUGGGGAUGCUGGAGAAUAUUCCUGCAAGGCUGGAGACCAGACCAGCUCAGCCAAACUCACCGUGAAAGAGCCUGACGUGACCAUCGUGAGUGGCCUCAAGGACAGGGUGGUGGCCGAGGGGGACGAUGUCACCUUUCAGUGCCAGGUGUCCCACGAGGACGCCAGGGACGUGGAGUGGAAGCUGCAGGAUGUGGCUCUGCAGAACAACGAGAUGAACGAGAUCUCUGUGGAGAAGGGCAAGAUCCACACCCUGACCCUGAGGAAGGUGACAGAGCAGGACAUUGGCACUGUCACCUUCCGGGUGGGACCCCACACGUCGACAGCAGAGCUCAGGGUGAAAGCUUCUCCAGUCACCUUCACACAGCCCCUGCAGAACCAGCAGGCUGAGGAAGGUGGCAGUGUCACUCUGAGCUGCGAGGUGUCCAAACCCAACACCUCUGUGCAGUGGAAGAAGGCGGGGACGGUGCUGCGCCCCAGCGACAAAUACAAGAUGCGCCAGGAGGGAUCCCUGGCUGAGCUGACCAUCCACAGCCUGAGCGAAGCUGAUGCUGGGGAGUACACCUGUGACACAGGGGACCAGCAAACCAUGGCAGCAGUGCACCUGAAAGAAGCAGCAGCCACCAUCGUGGAGAGGCUGAAGGACGUGGCCGCGUGCGAAGGAGAAGACGCGGUGUUCGAGUGCCGGCUGUCCCGGGAGACAGCUCAGGAUGCCCAGUGGUUCCUGGGGGAUGUCCCCCUGCAGUCCAACGAAAUGAACGAGAUCAGAGCCCAGGGGACACGGCACAGCUUGAUCUUGAGGAAGGUGACCCUGGAAGACUGUGGGUCCAUCACUUUCAAAGUGGGGCAGCAUUCGUCAGCAGCGCGGCUGAAGGUGGAAGCUGCCCCGCUCACCUUUGUGAAGGCUCUGCACAACCUGGAGCUGCAGGAGGGUGGCACUGCCCACCUGUCCUGCGAGGUGUCCAAGCCUGACGUCCCCGUGGAGUGGAAGAAGGGCUCGUCCGUGAUCCAGCCCAGCCACAAGUGCAGCAUCCAGCAGGAGGGGAAGGUGCACACGCUGGUCAUCCGCGACCUGAGCCGCGCCGACGCCGGCGACUACAGCUGCCACACGGCGGCUGGCAAGACCACGGCCAGGCUGGAGGUCAAAGGGCUGCCUGUGCUGUUCCGACAGUGGCUGAAGAACGAGGAGGUGGAGGAAGGGCGCACGGCCGCGCUGCGCUGCGAGCUGACGCGGCCCCACGCGCGCCUGGAGUGGCGCAAAGGGGACACGCGGCUGCAGCCCGGCCACAAGUACGAGUUCCGCCAGGAGGGGACACGGGCUGAGCUCCUCAUCUACGGGGUUGAGGCUCAGGAUGCUGGGGAGUACACCUGUGACUCCGGGGAUCAGCAAACCACGGCUACGCUGCAGGUCAAAGUACUGCCAGUGCUGUUUAACAAAGAGCUGAAAAACGUAGAGGCUGAAGAAGGGGGAACGGCUGUUUUGCACUGUGAGAUCUCCAAGCCGGACGCUCCCGUUGAGUGGAGGAAAGGAGGGGUGGUCAUUCAGCCCAGUGACAAGUACGAGGUGAAGCUGAAGGGCAGCGUAGCUGAGCUCAUCAUCCAUGGUGUAGAGCCUGAUGACUGUGGGGAUUAUACCUGCAGCACUGGAUACGAGAUCACCACAGGGUCUGUGUACGUGCAAGAGGAAGCAGCAGCAGUGAUAGUGUCUGGUUUAAGGAGCACAGACGUCUUUGUGGGCGAGUCAGCCACGUUCACCUGCGAGCUCUCGCAGCCGGGCGUGAAGAACGUGCAGUGGUGGCUCGAUGGGACCCCCCUCCACAACAACCUGGUGACGGAAAUCUCUGAGCAGGACGGCAGGAUCCACACUCUGACCCUAAAUGACGUGGCGUGCCAUGACUCGGGCACUGUCACCUUCAGAGCUGGGCCCCUUAUCUCCACUGCUAAAUUAUUAGUCAAAGAUCCCACCAUUGAAGUGGUCAGUCCCAUGCAGGACAUGACUGUUGAUGAAGAUGGCCCAGCAGAGUUCAUAUGCCAAUAUUCUAGGCCAGUGCACGCCAUCUGGAAGAAAAAUGAUCAGGAAAUACAUGCAGAUGGGCAGCGAGUGAUUGUCGAGCAGGACUGGAAUGUGAGCAUGCUAAAAAUUAACCCCACGGUCCCAGAAGACACUGGCAUCUAUUCUUGUGAAGCUGAAGGCAUUAAAGUGAUGGCUACACUUGAUGUUCAAGCCAAGAACAGCAUUGUCCAGGGCUUGGAGAAUGUGGAGGCCGUGGAAGGAGGGGAAGCCCUGUUUGAGUGCUACCUCUCCAAGCCUGAGACCUACAAUUACAACUGGCUGAUUGAUGAUGAACCUGCCAAAACCACAGACAACACUGAGAUGGUUUACUUUGAAAAUGGGCUCAGGCAUAUCCUGCUGCUGAAGAAUUUAACUCCCCAGGACAGCUGCAGGGUGACUUUCAUGUGCAGUGAUGCAGUGACCUCAGCCUUCCUCACUGUGAAAGGGUGGCGCCUGCAGUUCUUGCAGCCCCUCACGGAUGUGGAAGUGUCUCUGGGGGAAAAAGCAACAUUUAGCUGUGUCCUGAGUGAAGCUGUGCCAGUUAGUGAAGUGACCUGGUACAAUAAUGACAUAGAGAUCCAGUCAGGUGAGGACUGGGAGGUACAAGCGGAUGGAAACAAAUACAAACUUAUUCUGAAAAAAGCCCAGCUGCAUCAUUCUGGAGAGGUGACCUUUGCUUCCAGGGAGGCCAUUUCCUCAGCCAAGCUUUCUGUGAUAGCCCUCCCUGAGCCACCUGAAGAGCCAGCAGUCCUAAGGCAGAGCAGCCACUCUGUCACUCUAUCUUGGCACAAGCCGCCGGGUGACGGUGGCCAGCACAUCCUGGGCUACAAGGUGGAGAGGAAAAUCCCAGGAGUUGGCUGGCAGUCCUGCAGUGAGGCCCUCAUCCAGAACACGGAGUUCACCGUGGAGGGGCUGGCCCCAGGGGAGCCCUACAGAUUCCGAGUGUCGGCCGUAAACACCGCGGGGGCCAGCGAGGCAGUGCACUUCCCCCAGAUGGUGACGUUAGAGCCUCCAGUUACAGUCACCCAACCUUUGGUGGGAGGAUCUGUCUCAGAAGGAGGGGUGGCUCGCCUGGAGUGUACAUUGUCAAGUAAAACUGAGGAGAAAGUGACUUGGUUCAAGGGAAAAGAACAAAUAAAAGCUGGAGGGAGAUAUGAGAUCCUCUCUGAUGGAGCGAAGCAGAUCCUCAUUAUCCGUGGAUUUAAACCUGAGGAUCAGGACAGCUACACCUGCAUGGCUUCUCCAGAAGUCAAAUCUGUUGCCAGCCUGUGUCUUGAAGUUCCCACCGUGUCGAUGCUGAAGGAGAUUGCCAGGGAAGCUCCCCCUGCCAGCCGGGCUGAAGAGCUGGUGGAUGGGCACAUCCAGCCCAGCCUGCCCCCUGAAGCUGCCCAGGAGGGAGAUCUUCACCUCCUGUGGGAAGCCCUGGCCAAGAAACGCCGUAUGAGCCGGGAGCCCACCCUGGAUUCCAUCAGCGAGGUGCCUGAGGAGGAGGAGAAGCUUCAGAAGCUGAGGAAGGAGGAAGCAGAGAUGUCUCACUACUACUCAGAGGAGUACUCCACGUGUGACGAGCUGGCCAGGACAGGAGAGGCAGAUUUCUCCUUCACAAGCUCUGAUGAUGAGUCUAGAGCUGGGACUCCUUCCCUAGUAAACUACCUCAAGAAAGCCGGCAAGAAGACAAUCAGUGUCACCAGCAAGGUUCAGUCCAGCUCCACAGGAAAAUUAUGGAAGCAGUGGGAAACAUCCACUGUGGAAACCACUGUGACCACCACAGCUGCUCAGCCAGCUGAGCCAGAGCUGCCAGAUUUGGAUGACCCCUCCAUGAACAAGGCGGCUGUGAAGAUCCAAGCUGCUUUCAAAGGCUACAAAGUCAGGAAAGAGAUCAAGCAACAAGAGUGCCCGGUGUUUACUGAGACCUUCAAAGACUUCUCUGGAGAGCCUGGGAGCACCCUGCACCUGGAGUGUGUGGCCCACAGCAAAACCGACAUGAACGUGCGCUGGCUGAAGGACGGGAAGGAGCUGUCGGACGGGCGCUACUACCACAUCGACAGCUACAGCGACGGCACCUGCUCCCUGAUCAUCGCCGGCCUGGACAGGAAGGACGCAGGCAAAUACACCUGUGAGGCCUCCAAUAAGUUUGGCAAGGUCUCACACAGCGCUCAGGUGGUGGUCGGCGCUCAGGAGCCUCAAGUUCUUCCCAAGGAGAAGCGGGGCAAGCAGAGCACCGACAGCGAGACAGAGAGCUCGUCCGGCAGCGAGCUGGACGAUGCGUUCCGGAAAGCAGGAAGGAGACUCCACAGGCUCUUCAGGGCCAAGAUCUCCACCGAGAUCUCUGAUGUGGAGGAAGAGCUCUUUGUCAGCGCAGAUGAAGGGGACAUAGACGUGGUCGACCACCAGACGUACCGUGAGGAUGACCAGUACAUCUACAUCAAGUUUGAAAUCAUGUCUGAGGCCAAGACGGCCGCCACGCGGUUCAGAGAGAUGUUUGGUGCUCUGGGAAUUCCUGUGGAGAUCGACAUCUUGGAGCAAGGCCCGAAAAAAAUCGAAUUGCGCAUCGGGAAGGCAUCACCUCCCAGCCUUGGGAAGUUUGCACCUCCAGCAGCGAGACCUCCACCACCUCUGCUGACUUCUGACACAGCCCCCAUGUUCAUGACCGAGCUCCAAAACCAGGAGGUCCAGGACGGGUACCCCGUGAGCUUUGACUGCAUCGUCAUCGGCAAACCCCUGCCCACGGUUCGCUGGUUCAAGGACGGCAAAGCCAUUGAAGAAAACGAUCACUACAUGAUCAACGAGGACCAGGAGGGGUGCCACCAGCUGAUCAUCACCGCCGUGGUGCCCACGGACAUGGGCGUCUACCGCUGCCUCGCCGAGAACAACAUGGGGGUGGCUUCCACCAAGGCUGAGCUCCGGGUGGACUUGACCAGCACGGAUUAUGAGACAGCAGCAGAUGCCACAGAGACCUCAUCUUACUACAGUGCCAAGGAAUAUAUUUCAAGCCGAGAACAGGAGGAAUCCACCACUGAGGAGGAGCAGUUGCCCCAGAUCUUUGAUGAGCUUCAUGACAUUCAUGUGGCACCUGGAGCAUCACUGGCUAAAUUUCACCUGAAGGUGAAAGGCUACCCUCAGCCUCGUCUCUACUGGUUUAAAAAUGGGCAGCCCCUAAAAGCCUCGGAUAGAAUCCUCAAGACUGACAGGCAGGAAUUCCACUCCCUGGAAAUCCGCGACGUCACCAAGGCGGACGCCGGCCAGUACUUGAUAUUUGUCAUCAACUCUGCUGGCUCUGCGUAUUCCUCAGCCAGGCUGGUAGUCAGAGAUCCUUAUGAGAAAGAAGAACCAUCAAAAACAGAUUCCCAUGAGCAGCUGAUACCACCAAGAUUCCUUGAAAGAUUUACAAAUAAGAAGGUGAAAAAGGGUGCAAGCAUCACAUUAUCUGUAAAAGUUGAAGGACAUCCACCACCAACAAUCACUUGGAUGAAAGAAGAGUCUCGGGAAGACAUCCUGUGGAUCAAACCAGACACUCCUGGGUACAAACUUGCCAGUUCCAACAUGCACCACAGCCUGAUCCUGUUGGAUGUCAAGAAGAAGUACAGUGGAGCCUACACGUGCAUUGCCACCAACAAGGCUGGCCAGUCCAUCUGCACCGCCAACCUGGAAGUUGCAGAUGUGAAAGAGGCUGAAGUCCUGACCCAGGAGCGUGUGAUGGUGUCAGAAGCCAUCAUGACCACACUGGGGUCUAUUCAGUCCUCUGAAGGAGACCUUGAAGCUGGCAGAGAAGGUGUGCCCAAAAGCCCUAUUUCAUUAGCUGAUGUUGGCUCAGAAGAGUUCUUCCAGAAACUCACCUCACGUAUCUCAGAAAUGGUAUCUGCAAAAAUAACUCAGGCCAAACUUCGAGUACCGGGUGCAGAAAGUGAUGAUGAGUCAAGAACUCCCUCUGCAUCUCCUCGCCAUGGACGAUCCAGACCUUCAUCCAUUGCUCAGGAAUCCUCCUCUGAAUCUGAAGAUGGGGAUUCCAGAGGGGAGAUCUUUGAUGUCUACAUGGUCACUGCUGACUACGUGCCCGCGGCGCCAGACAAGGAGACCAUCACCCUGAAGGAAGGACAAUAUGUGGAAGUCCUGGAUUCAGCUCAUCCUCUGAAAUGGCUGGUCAGGACUAAACCCACGAAAUCAAGUCCCUCUCGACAGGGUUGGGUGUCUCCAGCUUAUCUGGACAAGAAAUUAAAGUUGUCACCAGAGUGGGGAGCAACAGAAAUUCCAGAGUUUCCUGGAGAGUUUGUUUCUGAAGAUGAAUACAAAAGGAAGCUAAGUGUUCUCAUUCAGGAGCUGUUGAUCUCAGAGGAAGAUUACAUUCAAGAUUUACAGUUCCUCCAGUCUCAUCACCUUAGGUACACUGAGACGUGUCCCAGUGUGCCAGGAGCUGUUGCCAGUCAGAAAUCCACCAUUUUCAGGAAUAUUGAUGACAUUGGUCGCUUCCAUUCCAGCGUGUUCCUCCGGAGCCUGCAGAGCUGUGACACCGAUGACGACGUGGCCAUGUGCUUCAUCAAGCACGAAGCAGAAUUUAACAAAUACAUCCAGUACCUGGUGGGAAGGGUCCAGGCUGAGUCAAUUGUUGUCAGCAAAGCUGUCCAGGAUUUCUACAAGAGAUACACAGAUGAAUUUGUAACUAAUGAAGAUCCCUCACAGCCACUUAUCCCACCACUGCAGCACUACCUGGAAAAACCCAUAAACAGGAUCCAGCAGUACCAGACAAUAAUUAAGGAAUUGAUCCGAAACAAAGCCAGAAACAGCCAGAACUGCACUCUGCUGGAGCAGGCCUAUGCCAUUGUGUCUGCCCUGACCCGAAGAGCAGAGAACAACCUCCAUGUCUCACUCAUUGAGAAUUACCCAGGGACCUUGGAGAGCCUUGGGGAGCCCAUCCGGCAGGGCCACUUCAUUGUGUGGGAAGGAGCUCCAGGAGCUCGAAUGGCAUGGAAAGGACACAAAAGACACGUUUUCCUCUUCAAAAAUUAUAUUGUGAUCUGCAAACCAAAGAGAGACACAAAGACAGACACCUACAGCUACAUCUUCAAGAACAUCAUGAAGCUGAACAACAUCGAUGUGAACGACCUGGUGGAAGGGGAUGACCGGGCCUUUGAGAUCUGGCACGAGCGGGAGGACCUGGUGCGCAAAUACCUCCUGCAGGCGCGGACCGUCAACAUCAAGAACUCCUGGGUGAAGGAGAUCCUGGGCAUCCAGCAGCGCAUCAGCGAGCCCAUCUGGAUCCCUCCAGACUUUGAGGAAGAGCUGGCAGACUGCACAGCUGAACUGGGAGAGACAGUCAAGCUGGCCUGCAAGGUGACAGGAGCUCCCAAGCCAUCCAUCAGCUGGUACAAAGAUGGAAAGCUCGUGGAGGUGGAUCCCCACCACAUUAUAAUAGAAGAUCCUGAUGGCUCCUGCACACUGAUCUUGGACAACCUGACAGGGGCUGACACAGGACAGUACAUGUGCUUUGCUUCCAGUCCUGCUGGCAAUGCCAGCACCUUGGGAAAGAUCCUUGUUCAAGUGCCCCCACGGUUUGUGAACAAGGUCAGAAAUGCUUAUCUCGUGGAGGGUGAAGAUGUCCAGUUCACCUGCACUGUGGAAGGAGCACCCAGGCCUCAGAUCAGGUGGUACAAGGAUGGGGUGCUGCUGAAGGACACCAGUAAAUACCAGACUUUCAGUGAACCACGGAGUGGCAUCGUAGUCCUGGUGGUCAAGAACCCUUCCAAUGAGGACAUGGGACAUUAUGAAUGUGAGCUGAUGAACAGGUUAGGGUCUGCCAAAAGUGGAGCAGAGCUUUACCACCACAGCGCUGCAGCCCUGACCCAGGAGAGGAGAGGAGACCAAGCCAUCACCAUUGAAGUCACUGAACAAGAGACUAAAGUGCCCAAGAAAACCAUCAUCAUAGAGGAGACCAUAACCACGGUGGUGAAGAGCCCAAGACAAAGGGGAAGGGUUUCUCCUGCGCGUUCUCCGUCAGGUCAUUCUCCUUCCCGCUCCCCACGCGUGGAGCUGGCUCCAGAGCCCGUUUACGUCUCCAAGAUCAGGCAGCCUGUCCACAGACACGAGCAGGAGGCAGCACCAAAAUCUGCUGCUGUGCCCAGGCUUUAUGUCACAGAACACGAGGACAUGCAAGGGGCAGCGGCGAGAGAUGUCGUUGUGGAGAGCGCAGUGGAAGAGAAGAAGCCCAAGUGGGUCGAAGUGGAAGAAAUAAUUGAAUUCAAGGUGAAAAAAUCACCAAAGCCCACAAGGAAAAGAGGUUCUUCCCCAGUAAAACAAGAAAAAGAUGAGUCAGGGGUGUUGACGUUCACGUUUCCCAGCUCAAGGCCAAAGCGCUCCCCAGAAGAUGAUCCAAACACAAACAACUCCAACAAUAAAUUGGUGGAACAGCCAAAAUCUCUGCCCAAUGAGGGUCUCUCUGAAGGUGACAUCCAGCCCCUGGUGUACACGACUGAGCAGGAAGGACCUCAAGUCAGCAGCGAAGAGAGAAACUCCCCGUGUGGGUCGGAACAAUUAGGAAGUGAUUCCUUUAUGGAUUAUGGCACUGAAGGAAAGAGCUGCCCUCAGGAACCGUGUGCUGAGCACGGGUCAGACACCGCCUCCCCUCUGCUCGCCUGCGGGGGGCCUUUGGUCUUCAGUUUUGGGACAGCUGUUGGAGACCAGCACCAAGUCCUGUUCUCCCCAGCAAGUCCAGAGGAUAAGGAAGGGGUUGAUGAAGUGGAUGUGUCUUGGCCUGUUGGAGAGGAGGUACCUGAAGUAAUACAGGACAUCCUUCCCGAAGAGGACAACGCCAUCGUGGACGAGCCAGAGGAGCUCCGCACAGACGACAUCAGCACGCGGGACCGCAAGAUUUUAACCCACAACGGCAAACUCUUAACCCUGGAGGACCUGGAGGAUUACAUCCCUCAAGAAGGAGAGACCUACAGGUGCGAGGAUCAGAAGGCCACGGCGGAGAAGCCCUGCGAGAUCUCGGUGCUGCAGACGGAGAUCAACGAGCCCACCAUCGGGAAGCCGGUGCUGCUGAACCUGCUCCGGCCCGUGGCGCCCGAGCCCCGGCGCAGCUUCUUCAGCCAGUACGAGGAGCGCGUCCCCGGGGGCGUGUUCGUGUCAGCCUCUCGAGUGGGUCCCUCCAGCGUCUCCUUCCGCGUGGGCGAUCCCCGCGCGGCUCCUCCCGGUCCCUCCUUCACGGUCAAGCCCUCGUUCUGCACCGAGCUGCAGCGCUCGGCGGACAGCGGCCAGCCCAGCUUCAAAACUGAGGUUUCCACGAGAACCCUCAGCUACGGGACUGUUGGCGAGCCUGUCACCUUGCACAUCAGCACGGAAGACCUCUCCCAGAGCUGAGAAGAUACAGCAUAACUUUUAACGCCCAAGAAAGCAGCUUUAUGUUAAUAAUAAAAAUAUCAAAAUUGUUGUAGGCGAGGGGAAUUGGUGGCAAAGAUCGCGAGGUAACGAGUACGAGGGAAAUGUAUUUAAAUAUGAUGUGUCAAGCUUUUCCAGUCUUAAAGGGAACAGUCUGCCAGAACAGUUUGGAACUUUAAAAGCUUUGAUCUAGGUGAACAUGUAUCAUUCCAUAGUGGAGCACCGAUGGGAGGUUUAGGAAAAGCCUGAUUCUUCUACCUAUGACAGAAAUAUAGAUGAAGAAGUGCAUUUUUUGUCCAUGAACUUAAUAAUUGUUUCAUGUGCCAGUUUAUGGUGUGGCAAGGAGGUGAAAGUAUCUAAGCUUUUCAGCAUCCUUCAGUAGCCCAGGACAGGGGGUAUCUCCUGGGCCCAAAGGUCAUGAAGCUUCAUUCUGCUUUGACUCUGCUCUACAUUUGUGACACCAAUUAGCUCUACCAAAAUUUCUUCAUAAACCUUUCAACAUGCACAGUCUGAUUGCAUUAUUUUAACCUUCUGCCAUAUAAUGAGGGAUAUAGUAAAUAUUACAUAUAGAAGGGAUUCAAAGGGCUGCUCAGGCCUUUUGGCUGAAAUCCCAGUUUGACUCUAGUCAGUGGUGAGAAUCCCACUGUCCUGAGGAAGCAAGAGUUUUGUUGUUCUCUUCUGCCUUAAUUGAAAAAGACUAUCUUUUCUAAAUGACUGAUAUUUUCAAAUCCACUUCCUAGUUGUCUGAUAAUGUAGGUUUCAUUAUUCUGCAUUCUAGUGUCGUGGAUUUAUAAACCAUAUAUUUUGAACUAUAAUUUAGUUAACAUGCACUGAAAGAUUAAAGUGCUGCACAAAACAAUUUCUGCUUCUGCAAUCAAACAUUAACAAGUACAAAGAACCACAAAUGUGGUCUUCAAAGGACCACAAAUGUGGUCUUUGCCAAUAAAUAUGCCUGGAUGAGUAUUUGUUCUCCUGAAUGUGCCAGUGGUGAAACAUUCCUGCCAACAGAUUGAUCCAUGAUGUCCUUUAUAUGUGAUAAGAGGAAUUUACCACUGAGCUAUGGCAAAGUAGCAGGAGCACAAAGACAGAUUAAAAAUUAAUAAUAAACAAAGAGAAAAAAGAGCUUUACCAUAAAUAUUCAGUUGAAACAUAGAUCUGUUCCAAAUGUAUUGGGCUGCCAGUUGCAAUUGCAUCAUAUUACUGUAAGCAGGAAGGUCGAGAUGUCUUGGAGAGGGACUGUGGAGCUCCUCUGGAGCUUUGCAGUGAGAGUGCUGCUUGAGGGGGAGGCUGAGGUGCACUGAGCACAGCCCAUCCCUGCUGGCUUCACCAAAAAUGGAUGUUGCCCAGGGCUCCAACAAGCUGAGAUGAGAGAUGAGCUCCCAGGCCCAAGUCUUGGUGCCAGCUGGAGUCAGGUGGAGCUCACCGAUCUCAGCAGGACCCUGCACUGGCCCUUUCUGGUGACAGAGACUGGGGUGAAGUCCCCACACCCUGUCCCAGCUCAGCUCUGUAGAAAUGCUCAGUAGAAACUGUUUUCAUUUAUGGUUUAGGGAAACCAGAAAUGCUCAGGCACAGCUGAAUUUGGAGUGAGGAGAGAGGGUGGAGUGAGUUUCUGCUUUGGGAACGGAUGGAUUAUGUUGGCUCAGUGUUUCCCAGCCAGGUGAAGUUGAGGAGCUUGUUCUGGAGGCUUGGGGCAAUAUUCCUGCCAACAGGGACUGAAUUCACAAAAGGUGCUUGUAGAAAAGUUAUUUCUUUUCCUUCUGCAGCUGCACCUUGUGCUGACUAAAAUGAACAUGUUGAUUUCACAGCCUUUGACUUUCAACAUCCACCCAGGAUGUUGUGUGCACUACCUUCAUGAUAUAGGAUGCUUUUCCAGUGGUGAAGGAAACCAAGCUUCCUUUAUGGUACUAUCCCAUUUUUUAUAACAUCUCCUUGGUUUAUACUGUUUGUUUUAUAAUGAAGCAAUAAGAUGGAUAUAUAUAUUAGUGCUUUUUUCAUAUAUUGCACUGUACAUUGGAAAGUAACAGACACACAACAGGGAAAUGCUUUUAAAGCUAAAAAUAUUUAUUUUGAGCCUGAUUCUGAUCCAGUUAUUCCAGUAUCAAUCUAGAGCAAUUCCACAGAAGGAAGUGGAUUUGAUUCAGAUUUACAAAGAUACUGCUGAGAAAAGAAUUUGCCCUGUGAUAAUCUUCAAAAAAUGUGAUAUUCAAACAAAAAAUAAUGAGGAUGUGUAAAGGAAUGUGGAGGUUUCCUCCUGUUGUGGUCGACACUCAGGUUUUUCUAAAGAAGCCCUAAGGCUGCACUUCAGAUGGUCCCAGGAGAAAUAGUUAUAGUUUGAUUCAUUAGCUCAAGGCAAUUAACAUCUGUUUACAUUUUCUUUUGAAAUUUAAGCAAAAGAGAAUCAAUUGAAGGGAAUUUUUAAAAUCCUAUGCAGGGCUCUGUUCAAAAAGUGAAAGGUUUAUGAGAAGUUUAUUACAUAUACUUUCAAAAUAUUUUCCUAGAGGUUAAAAAUUAUGCUUAUAAGUGAUUAAACUGUGUAGAUAACUAAUGAGAUGUGUGGGGAUUUAUUUCCUGUAGAUGAAAAGAUACAGCUGUAUGAAAGAUUUUAAUACAAUGAAUGUUAAACUGAAAUUCCUGGAGGUAAAUGGGUAUUGAUAAGUGGAAACUUGAGUUUGCUUGAGAUACAAAAAAGAGGAAAAAAAACCACACUCAAAAAAAAGUAAAGUGCAAGAUAUGCUGUUAGAUGAUGAGUUUAAAUCAAUAAAUGUCUUGCAUCAGCUGUGACUGAA